UUGGCUGUUUCACCGGAAGUAAACAUCAUGUGACGUCCCAUCAGCUGAUCCUCCGUAGACAUCUUUACGAGUCACGACUGCAGCGAUUAAUUCAUACCUCUUACCCUGUGAUUUUCAGGUAUUUAAUUCACCAUAUAACGCAAUGAAUGUCAAAUUCGAACCUCUGCGUUUUAAUCUACGGUCUCUUUUAUCUGUUAAUGCAUAAUUUUGUGUUAUUUUUGUGUUUGCUUUCUCCAUCGCAGGCCCAAGCGGAUCAUUGACAGCUGCAACCAUGGCGCUCAGCGAUGCCGAUGUUCAGAAGCAGGUAAUGAAGCGUUUUCACCUUGAAUAACGACUAAAAUCACCCCUCUGUGCUCUGUUAACAUAGUCAAAUCAUUUUUGUGUCUUGUUGUUGGUUUAAAAAUCAGAGAACAAUUUUAGAAGCUGUUGUAUUUCCAGGAAGUGAGUGUGUCAAAGUGAAUGACAUUGAGAGAGCUGCAGUGGGUCAGUAUUAAAAUAACGCUCACAUCAGCAGAAACACUCACUUCAGGGUGAUUUUGUACAUUAAAAUGCUAGAAAGAGCUUAAUAGUUUGUCAUUAGGGGUUCAGUGUUACACCGAAGUCCCCUCUGUGAUGGAGAGAGAGUCAGAUUUCCAAAUGGUCACAUGAUGAACACACGCCAGGGCCUGAUGAGGAACUUGGACUGAGACACUGUCUGGACUCUCCAGUCUUUGGGAAAUCUUAGCAAACACUGGAAAUAACCUCCAGACAAAUGGCUCAAGUGAAGCUGCACAAAUCAGCUGUGUAUGUAUCUGAAACAUUCAGGGUUAGUGUUUGUGAUAUGCACAGAAACAUUCCUCACUGCUGUGACAAAAAGGCUUCACAGCAGGGUGAGGUUCAGAGAUGACACCUCUGUGGGGGGUUCAAGGAAGAAUAAAGCUUCAUAAGGAAGUUUUUUUGUGGUUAAAACCUUCAAAAUACUGUCGGUCUCGUUCCUAAUGUAUGUGUCUUCUUCCUAUCUGCAGAUCAAGCACAUGAUGGCCUUCAUUGAACAGGAGGCCAAUGAGAAGGCAGAAGAAAUUGAUGCAAAGGUAUAAACAAAUGCAGGAAAAAUGCCAUGAAUACAAAUAUAAGGAAAUAUACUAAUACCACUGUUAGAAAAUACCACACAAAAGGCAAAAUGUCUGCAUUUAAAGUGAGUUAAGACAUGUUUAAAAUGUAUUUUUCUUUGUUUUAAAACAUUUCCUUGCUCAUAUAAGCUGGCAUUUCUGCCGUUAACAUUGACAAAUACUCAUACAUUUCACCAAAUCAGUGUAAAAAAACAGAUUUGGCAGAGUGGCAGCUGUAAAGUAACUGAAGCUCUUGCACAAAUGGCAUGUUUAUAACUCAGUAAUGUUGGACUUUAUCACAGCUUUGGAGUCCAUAUUAACACUGCAGUUUGAGUUGACUGGCCAAGCACUGUAAAUAACUGCUUUAGUGUAGUUUCAUUCACAGAUCAAAGAGGUGGCUCACACACUCAGAAAUAGUGCUCCUGCUGUGAUUGCUUUCUGACAUCCAUCUGAUCAGUUGCACCUAAAUUGUGCAAUACAUAUUUCAGUUAAAUGUAAUGUUCAAGAGCAUAAUGGUGCCAAAUACAGCGCAGCAGCUCAACUAAGGUGUGCUUAAAAAGACAAUAUAGCAUAUAAUUUAAAAACAAUAUGUUAAUUUUGUCCCUUUAUUGCAUUGUACUCAAAGAUACAGCGUGUAGAAAUGGAAAUUUUGAGAUAUCUGGUGAUCAGAUUUAAAACUGAGACACUCCCAUGAUCUGUGAAGUGAUGGUGUCCAUAAAGGACAACAAGCUCCUGUGAUGCAAAAGUAUAAUUCUCCAUUUGUCAGGGUUUGACCAUCAAAACAUGUAACAAUGUAAAUACUUCUGCACGUAGAAACAAGAUAAGAUACUUCUUAAACCCAUUCGAUUCUCUCUGAAAAUUCAUAUUCACAUUUUUUCUCUUAAGAUUCAUUCAAAAUCAGUUCUGUGAUGAAAGAACCAUGAACUUUGAGUUUGAUGUUUAUCAGGCCUGACAGUUACUCAGAUGUCAGUAUUUCCUUUAUCUUCGAUUUGAACAAGUGCAGUAGUGAUUUUAAUUUCUCAAGGACUUGUGCAAAAGGAUAAACAUCAACAAUGUUAACAAAACCAAAACACAACACUGCUCCAUUACACAAAGAACUCCACAAAUGAUCAAGACAAUAUUUAACUAUUAUCAACCUCAGGGUUUUUCAUGUGUGUGAGAUUCAGCACUAGAGGGCACUGAAAGCACAGAAAAUACAACUUGCACUGAAGGUCUGUUGAUACAUUUUACCCCCCGAGUGAAACUUCAAGGAAUUAUUUUAUAUCUGAAAUGAUUGGAAUUUGAAUAUUUGCCAUUACCUGAAGUGAUAUCAGUGCAUUUUAACUCAAAAGGUAAAAUUAAGAGCUUAGAGUGAUCAGUUCAAGUAAAAGUUCACAGGAUGUGAAUUCUUAAUUGUAAGAAGGUGGAGUUUUUUGUCAAGUUUGAAGCAUUGAAACAGAAUAUGUUUGAUUGUUAGUGAAAUAAAACAUGUUAUUUAAAGAUUUAAGUCCUCCAAACUGUGAUCUUUCCAAAAUUUAUUUGAUUUUUAGAGCUCAAAUUGUAAAUGCAAUGUGUUGUCGGAGUGAUAGUCGGAAAAAUUAAUUUUAAAAGGGUUAAUAACAAGGUAAUACAAUCAGCCCAGUGACAAAAAUUUCAUAUGCAAACCUAUAAUUAUUUUGAGAGCUUCUCCACCGUCAUCGAAUUUUUGUGGCGGAACUGAUCAUUAUUAUGAAUCAAACCCUUUAUAAACCGAACUGUUGCUCCAUUCAGCCUGAUCAGACGAAUAACCCGAGCAAAAUCACUAAAACACUGUCAGGAAUGAGGAUUUCUCACUGACUGAGCUGUGUCUCCUCUUGCAGGCCGAGGAAGAGUUCAACAUCGAGAAGGGCCGCCUGGUGCAGACUCAGAGGCUGAAGAUAAUGGAGUACUACGAGAAGAAGGAGAAGCAGAUUGAGCAGCAGAAGAAAAUGUGAGUCAUAGAAACAAAUCACAGGACACGUCCAGUCCUCCCUUUCCUGAACUGUACCCUUUUGAGAACAAAGAAAUAUCUGUAUGCGUGACACUGAGUUCCCCUAAUUUUAUUUAGUUACUGUCUCCUACAGUGACUCUAUUGUAACUUGGCACCAAACAGUCUCCAGCAUUUCCUCAGACACACACAGAAAACUAAACAGAGCCAAUGUGUUUUUGAUUUGUCCAUUUAACAGCCAAAUGUCCAACCUGAUGAACCAGGCUCGACUGAAGGUGCUGAAGGCACGCGAUGAUAUGAUAUCGGUAAGGAGUGGUGUUUUUAUCCAUUCUGUUAUAUUUCACUGUAUGUCCAUAAAAGAGUCAGACUGAAAGAGAGAAUCAAACUUUAUGUGGCCACAGGAAAUGCUGAAUGAGGCCCGCCAACGGCUCGGUAAUGUUGCAAAAGACCCGGCCAGGUAUCCAGCUCUGAUGGACGGAUUGAUCCUGCAGGUUUGUUUAUUUCUCUCAGACACUCUAUGCUCUGAUUUAUUCAGCUUGAUACUUCUUUUGAAUAAUAGCGGAAAGCGUGUAUGCAUGAAGAGAAAAAGAGUCAGUCAAACCAAGAAGUCUUUCAGUGCGAAAUUUGCUGAUUGAACUGGCAUUUUCACACUGGUGUUUAAGGGGGUUCCUGGGUUUUUGGAGCAGGCUUCUAGUGGACAUUUAGAGAACUGCACCUUUUUGCAUUUUCACAUUGGUUCAUUUUUAGCACUGAACGUUGCUACUUGAACCAGAUGAGCAAAGACACAAUAACUUUGUCAUAAAAGUCACGCUAGUUGAGCUUUGCUGAUGCAGUUUCUCUAAAAUCCAAAUAAAGUACAAUAUUUUUGUCAGUUUGAGGAAGGUGUACAAAAUUAACGAGCAAAAACCACAUGUUCAUUUGGUGGCUGAAAUAGCGUUCUCUCAUCCUAACAGGGCCUCUAUCAGCUUCUGGAGCCUAAAGUGACUAUUCGCUGUCGUAAACAGGACUUGCAGUUGGUUCAGGUAAGCUAACAAGCAACUGUAUUCUCUUUAAGUGGAUUUUCUUUAGUUGAAAAGGUUGUAUAAUUGAGUUAUUCUUUUUUUUUAUUAAAAACUGAUAGUCCUGUUUUCAUUAGCUUCAAUUCUUUUUGUGACUCUUUUCUUUUAGGCCUCAAUCCAGAGGAAUAUUGCCAUCUACAAACAAGCUGUGAAGACCAACCUAGAGGUCCGCAUCGACCAGGACAACUUCAUCUCUGCAGACGUGUAAGCAACCUCACAAUCUGGACAUGAAAUCAAACCUGGUACAUUAAAACAAAUCACAUCCUGAUUAAAGAGUUUCUUUUGUUUUGGUUUGUUUUAUCAGUUCUGGAGGAAUCGAGAUGUACAAUGCUGACGGGAAGAUCAAGGUGUCCAACACUUUGGAAAGUAGACUGGACCUCAUGGCUCAGCAGGUAGGAAUCAGGAGAAACUCGUGUCCUCAGCCCUAAAUCCUCUCUCUUAUCAGUCACUUAAAAACACCUGACACACUCUUGAUCAGUAUAAAUGUCAUUGUUUUUAUUUUAAACUCUUCAUUCUUUAAUCUUUUGCUUGAAAUUCUUCAUGGACUCAGGGUUGGUAUUUUAUGUUACUGCUCUGAACAAGAAAAAGCAAAACAAAAUUCCCCUUUAAUGAAAAGUGCAGACUUUAAUAAAUCAAAUGAUGUUAAAGUGACAGUAAUAACAUUAGUGAAGCAUUCAAUGAGCUCAAACUUUAUUCUCAUGGGAAGAGCUGCAAGUAAAAGGUCAAAGUAAUCCCUCAAUCGGGUCUUACUUUUGUCUUCAAUCAAUCAAUCAGACUUUAAUUGCUUAGCACUCUUCAUAACUAAAACAGCUUCAUUCUUUUGAUUGCCUUGAGGGAGCUCCUAAAAGGAUCAAUAAAGUUGUAUCUAAUCUAAUACAAUCUGAUCUAAUACAAUUAAAUGUGACACAAAGUGCUUUACACAAAUAGAAAAUCAUUCAAAAGUCUUACUGUUCAAAGGUCUUUGAUAGAUACCAUGAGUGCUUAAAAUCUGUUAAGUUCUUUUAUAGAUUUGAAAGUUUAUGAACACAGUUCUUUUUUUCUUAAAUGAAUUACAGUCUCAUCCUUGUAACUUAAAAAAAAAAUCAAGCAUAAGGAAAGUAAAUAAACGAAGAUAAGUUGUCUGAAGAUGAUGUUCUCAUCUGUCAUGGUGGCUGUUUUUCUGUUUGAACUUUUAUCAGUUUGUCUUGGCCUCACUAUUCUCAUAAGCUUUGGAUUUUCUGUGUUAAAUUGAGGUAAAACAAUUUGAAAAGAAAAAGCUGUAAGAACAAAUAAACAGCUGGUUUAAAAUUGAAUUAACUGUUGUCAAAGGAGGGCUGUUGUCGACAAAGAUACUCUUGACAAAACUCGAUUAGCGUCGCUCUCCACUGAGCUGAACUUUCAAGUCUUAAUUUGUCACAAGAUGGAGCAGUUUUCUGAUGGGUUUGUCUCACUCAGUUUAUUGUUUGGUACUUUUCCAUUUGUUCCAUUCAUACACAAGUUGUGUCCACAAUUACACACGAGGAUGGGGAGUUUAUGUAGUUGAAGAGCCAGUAUAUAUAUCUUUAAGGUGGAGCGUCUAAUCAAAAAAGAACAAAAGCAAAGAAGGGUAAAGUACAGACAUUAUUAUGUAUCAAAUAAUACUAGGUAGUUAUGUGGAUGGUUAUGUGGCAUUUUUAAAGCUCCCAUGAGGAGAUUCAACAUGGAGUCACAAUAGACAAAAAUUUAUACAAAUGUGUCUCAACAAGGGAAAAAAAGACCAUCAUGAUUUUUAUUAGAUGAUUUCUGAAGUUUUUGUCCUCAUAAACAUCCCAUUUUCAUUUUCCAUAACAAAGAUUUUCAAAGUGUCACACAUUUGACUGUCAAACAGCAGGUUGGGAUGUUUUGUUAAAACACCAAAACAGCCUUGUCCACUGGGGGCGCCAAAAACAACAGUAACCAAAAGUUUCUUACAGGAGCUUAAAGUAAUGUAAUAAAACUGUUUUAGCUUUUUCUCCUCAGAUUCACAAUCACAAAGUGUUUGUUUUUGUCACCUUUAUGUGUACACAUGGGUUUUUGAUGACUAUGUUGGUGGUUUUGUGGUUCCUUUUAUCGAUCUUUUUGGUGUGGUUUCCUUAAAAACAUUUACAGUUUCAACCAUAUCCACAUUGCCUUUUAUAUUUCCUCUGUUUCUGUAUUUUUCAUAUAUUUCUUUGUGAUUUUAUAAAUAAAUAAUUAAGAAAACUGAGAAAAACAAGGCAUUGUUUUACCAGCCAAGUAAAUGAUCGAGGAUUUCUGCACAACUAGUUAUUUUUCUGUUAAAAAUGCUGAACUUUCUGAUGCUUUGCUUUGAUACAUGCCUUUCAGGUUUUGUUUUGUAAAACUAUUCUAAUAUUUAUGAAAUGUUUGCUACACUCAGUGCUGAAACUAAAGUGUUUUUAAACUUAUUUCUAUUUUUGCAAUACAAAACCGAACAGUUAACAGAGAAAAUAAUAAGCCCUUCUGUGUUUCUGUGUUUGCAGAUGAUGCCUGAAAUUCGAGUGGCUCUCUUCGGUGCCAACCCGAACCGCAAGUUCAUGGACUGAAUAACUCUGCUGUAAUAGAGAAAAAAAAACUCCAUCUUUUUAUUUUUUAUUUUGUCACAUGAAAGAAGUCAUUCCUCUGUCUGUGAAAUUUCUGAUGCGAGAGAGACGCAUUGUUGUUGUGUGAUGUAUUGCUGUAUUUUUCUUGUGCAUCAAGGGACUCCAUUGGAGCUGCAACUCAUCAUUACAGAUGUGCACCGUGUGUCCUGCACAGCUGUAAUGACUCGUUUACUCAGCUGCUUCUCCUUUAGAGGGUCUCAGUUUACACCAGUUAGACAGGGGCGACAGGAUUGGCUGGAUGAUUGACAGGAUGUUCCAUAAUUGGAUCCGUUUUCAUUACAGACACAACAGCUAUGUCAUGGUUUCCCAGUUUCAGUAAUCACCACUCUGUAUAUGUAUGGGGCUCUUUGUCGAUGAUGGGUGUGUGCUUCAACAGGUCACAGAAAACAAACAGCAUCCUGUAACAAACUGAAGACCAGACACGGCCUCUCCGAGUUAAUUUAUUGGUGUUACAUCCUUAUUCUGUCAUGUAUUAAAGCGCGAGAGUUAUCAUUCCAAGGGGUGUACUGUAUGUAUAUGAGGUUUCCAGGUUAAAUUAUACGUAUGUGUGGUUGUUGUUUUGUUUGUUUUUUUGUUCUUUUCUUUUGCUGAUUGUGUUUCAAACUGAAAAUGUAAUAUUGUGGAAAUGUAAAACCUAAUAAAAUAUAAAUCAUUAGUAUCA